CCGCCUCCGUCAGAUCUGAGCGAUCGAGUCCCUCUCCUCUUUCUUUCCCUCUCCUCCCCAAAACCGACUCCAAUUGAAGAUUAGGGCUUGGGUUUUCAUGCUUCUCCAUAUACUUGUCGUUCACAACUCACCUUAAGCUCGUCGUUCUUCGUAGCUCGUCGUCGACUUCGCCUUCGAAGCUCGUCGUCGACUUCGCCUUCGAAGCUCGUCGUCGACUCCUCCCUCGAAUCUCGUCGUCGACUCCGCCUUCAAAGGUCGUCGUCGUUCACGGUUUUAGAUCUCGAAGACAGAACUUUGGUCGUGCAGCGUCAGAAUUUUGUCACCAAGCUCUCGAAGACAGAAGGUAGGUCGUGCAACGUCAGAGUUUUUUCAUAAAGGAGGUACAACAUUUUAAGCUAUUGAAUUCUAUCCUUACCAGAUAAUCCGACAUGUCUUGGUGCACUAUUGAGUCUGACCCUGGGGUUUUUACUGAGCUUAUACAACAGAUGCAAGUAAAAGGUGUCCAGGUAGAGGAAUUGUAUUCGCUGGAUCUGGAUUCCCUAAACAGUUUGCGGCCAGUAUAUGGGUUGAUAUUCCUAUUCAAGUGGCGACCUGGAGAAAAGGAUGAUCGUGUUGUGAUCAACGAUCCAAAUCCGAAUCUUUUCUUUGCCAGUCAGGUUAUUAACAAUGCUUGUGCGACCCAAGCUAUUCUCGCCAUUCUAAUGAACUGCCCAGAGGUUGAUAUUGGCCCAGAAUUGUCGAUGCUAAAAGAAUUCACAAAGAACUUUCCACCAGAACUCAAAGGUUUAGCUAUCAAUAAUAGUGAAGCGAUUCGGACAGCUCACAACAGCUUUGCGAGGCCUGAACCCUUUGUCCCGGACGAGCAGAAAGCUGCGGGCAAGGAUGAUGAUGUCUAUCACUUUAUAAGCUACAUACCUGUAGAUGGGGUGCUUUAUGAGCUGGAUGGGCUGAAGGAGGGACCCAUUAGCCUCGGCCAAUGUCCUGGUGGGCAAGGAGAUUUGGAUUGGCUGAGAAUGGUGCAGCCGGUGAUUCAGGAGCGCAUAGAACGUUACUCUCAGAAUGAGAUUAGGUUCAACCUCAUGGCGGUUAUAAAGAACAGGAAAGAGAUUUACACUGCUGAGCUCAAGGAGCUGCAGAGGAAGAGAGAUGUGCUGAUGCAGCAACAGAGUGAUAUGCAAGCAUUGGCGGAGGUGAGAUCUGAGAUUGAAAAUGUGACGGAGAAAAUACUGAUGGAGGAGGAAAAAUUCAAGAAGUGGAAAACCGAAAAUAUCAGAAGGAAGCACAAUUACAUACCGUUCCUAUUUAACUUUCUGAAGAUUCUUGCAGAGAAGAAGCAGUUGAAACCUUUGAUUGAGAAGGCCAAACAGAAGACAUGUAGCCCAAGGUGAAGUGUGCCUUCGUUAUAUGAUGAUGGUGUCUGGAUAAUUUUAAGAAGUGUACUGCUGCUAUGGUAUGUAUUAAUUUAUGGUAUUGUGGAUUAUAAUUUUUGUGGGUUUUAUUUUAGUGCUCUCUUCCCACUGCGGAGAAGGUUUAGGUUAGAUCUUUGCUUAGGUUGAAGCGCUUUGGGUACUCUUAAUGAUUGUAUGGUAUGGACGCUGCUUAAAAGAUAACGUGUACACUACACUGGUUUUGUCGUUGGUUGCUCUAUUA